GGCCUUGUUUCUUCACUCACAACUGGUAUUUUCCUUCUCAACUUCUUCUCUUCGCCGAGAAAUCGCUAAAAAUCUUAUAUUUUUAACGGCGAUGUCAACUGCGGUCGACUCCUUCCCGUCUUUACUGAUCAUCCUACUUCCGCCGAUAACGUCAGCUGCGGCGGUGGUGCCCAUCGUGUUAUUUAUUCUCGCUGCCGCUGCGCUAAUCUCCCCUGGCGGCAUCGCUUGGACUUUUACUCGUAAGAGAAAUCCUAUCCCCGGGCCAGGUGGGCUUGCCGCCGGCAUCGCCCUCGCCGGCGCUGCAGCUCACCGCGCUCUUGCUGUUCUAUCACGUCGUUUUGCUUCAAUACACCUCAUGGCGUUCUCUGUUGGCUUCACACGUUUUAUCGUUUCGAGUCAUCCAGAUACGGCUCGCGAAAUUCUCAACUCGUCAGCUUUUGCUGACAGGCCGAUUAAGGAAUCUGCGCGCGAGCUUCUUUUUCAUCGCGCUAUGGGCUUCGCGCCUUUUGGCGAAUAUUGGAGAAAUUUGAGGAGGAUUUCUUCAACUUAUCUAUUUUGCCCGAAGCGUAUUGCUGCGUUCGGUGAACGGCGUAGGGAAAUCGGGGCAAAGAUGGUGGAGGACGUGAGUUGUUUGAUGGGAACGCAUGGGGAUGUCGAAGUGAAGAGGGUAUUGCAUUUUGGGGCUUUGAAUAAUGUGAUGUUGAGCGUUUUUGGUAAAAGUUUUGAUUUUGCUAAAGGAGAAGGGUUGGAGCUGGAGGAGAUGGUGAAGGAGGGUUAUGAGCUGCUUGGGGGUGUGAAUUGGAGCGAUCAUUUGCCUUUUCUGGGAUGGUUGGAUUUGCAGGGAGUUAGAAAGAGGUGCAGGGUAUUGGUGCAAAAGGUUAAUGUUUUUGUCGGGAAGAUUAUUGAAGAACAUAGAAUGAGAAAGGUUGGGGAAGCAAACGGCGUUAAGUGUGAGAUUGGGGAUUUUGUGGAUGUUCUGCUUGAUUUGGAGAAAGAAGAUAAGCUUUCUGAUUCUGACAUGGUUGCUGUUCUCUGGGAAAUGAUCUUUAGAGGAACUGAUACAGUAGCUAUACUUUUGGAGUGGAUCCUGGCAAGAAUGAUUUUGCACCCUGAAAUACAAGCUAAAGCUCAAGAUGAGAUAGAAGCUGUUGUAGGGAACUCAAGGAAUGUAACUGAUUCUGACAUUCCAAACCUCAAUUACCUACAAUCAAUAGUAAAAGAAACUUUUAGAAUGCACCCACCUGGUCCUCUACUCUCGUGGGCUCGCCUUGCAAUCCAUGAUACUCAUGUUGGAAAUCAUCUAAUUCCUGCUGGCACAACUGCAAUGGUGAACAUGUGGGCAAUAACACAUGAUGAAUCAAUUUGGGCUGAUCCUUGUGAAUUCAAGCCUGAGAGGUUCAUGAAAGAAGAUGUGAGCAUUAUGGGUUCUGAUCUGAGAUUGGCUCCUUUUGGUUCAGGAAGGAGAGUUUGUCCUGGCAAGGCUAUGGGCUUGGCUACAGUUCAUCUCUGGCUUGCUCAGCUGCUUCAGAACUUUAAGUGGCUGCCUUCAAGUGAUGGGGUGAACUUGUCUGAGUGUUUGAAGAUGUCACUUGAGAUGGAACAUCCUUUGAUUUGCCGUGCUCUUCCCAGAGCUUGAAUGGUUUAUGGAAGAGAAAUGCGAGUGUUCUUUUUUAUUUUGACUGAUGUGUAGGCACAUUGUGUUUAACUCUUAUAUCUUGAUCUUGUUUGAAGGAUGCUUUUUGUUUUGCCUAUCGUUGUUAUGGCGGUAGUAAUCUGUGGUUGUAUGUUGAUGAUUACAACUGAUUACAUCUUUCUCAACAUUAUCGAAUGUCACCCCCAAUGAAACCAUGAUUGAUUACUGAUUGAACUUCAAUA